AUGUCGCUCUUCCGAAUUGGAGGCGGUGCUGGCCUCCGCGCGGCCCGGCUCGCAGCCCCUGUCAAUGCCCGCUUCGUCUCCAACGUCUCCAAGGAGGUGAAGACCACCCCGACUGAGGCUCCCACCACGCCCAACAAAGGCAGCUCCAUGAUCAACAAGCAGAGCCCUUCGGAGGCAAUGACCCGUCAUCAGCCUGACUAUGAGGCUACCAUUGACCACGGCACCUCCCAAUUCUCCCCAGUUCCCAAGCGCGUGAUGGAUGGAAGCGAGCCUGGUCCUACUCUGCCUGCUGCAGUUCUCUCCGGCGCCCCUACCGAUCUCCAGGCCCGCACUGUCAGAAUCUACCGCCCAACAAAGCCUGCUACCCAGUCUGGCACCUGGCACGGGCACCACUGGCGGAUGGACUGGGACAUUCUGCAGAAGGGUCACCGUUGGGAAAACCCGCUGAUGGGUUGGCAAUCUUCUGCGGAUAGUAUGCAAGGAACCAACCUCAAGUUCAAGUCGAAGGAGGAUGCCAUUGCCUUUGCCCAGAAGCAGGGCUACGAAUACUUUGUGCAGGAGCCGAAUGAGCGCCGCUUUGUGCCCAAGGCUUACGCCAACAACUUCCUUCACGAGACGAAGAAGAUCAAGCACAUCAAGACCAAAUGA